AUGGUACUCUCUUCAUCUUAUGACUUCAAAGUAAAUGUCAUUGACGCUGAGCUGAUGUCGGUAGCACACACCUUCAAACUUAAUGCCAGAGUGAUUGAUUUUGAUUUUUCACCCAAAGGUGACUCAACCAUGGUGGCUGCUUGUUUAGAUGACGGUAUCGGCGUAAAGCUACUAGAUCUAAGAACAGUUGCCGAUGUGCAGAAACUAGGAGGGGAAGAAGGGGCACGUAUGUUCACUGCUGCUUGGUCACCUAUUAACUCGAAUAUUUGCGUAGGUGGAGGCGUUGAUGGUUCUUGUUAUGGGUGGGAUAUCAGAAGUUCGGAAAAACAUCUGUUUGAACUAGACUCAAAUUUAACGUCUUCAAAGAGUCAUGCAGGAAGUCGAUUGAAGGGUAAAGCGCAUCAUGGACGUGUAAAUUCAAUGAUUUUCAACUCUGAAGGAACAGAGUUGAUAACCUUGGGCCAUGACAACAAGAUUAAAGUUUGGGACCUAUGCACGCAUAGCAAACCUUUCAACAAACUCCUCAAUUUUGGUCCUUUGAUUCGCAACAAAGUUAAUCAGCGUAUAGACAUGUGCCUUAGCCCGGCUUUAGAGACAGAAAUUUCCUUUUUAUGGGUUCCUUCCGAUACAGGCGAAGUUCUAGUCUAUCGGGCGGAGGAUGGAAGUUUGGUUGCACGAUUGAAUAGGUCUGGAAGAGCCAAUCUUCAAACACGUUCGUUUUCAAUCGCCUGCAGUGGAGGUAACCAGACACGGUAUUACAGCGGGUGCAAAGACGGAACCAUCUCGGUUUGGGGGUACGAAACAAAACAGGAGCCAGAUGUGACCUAUUUUGACAACGGAGUCGAUCUAGUGAUCGAGGACUCCUGA